CCUGAUCGAUGCACUGAUCUGCGGCGGCAACCACCCCUGCAGGCUGCAGCCAGCAGCAUGCAUGCCAUGCCUUUUCUCCCCUUCCCUUCGUCCCUCCCGUCCCGUCCGUCCUCGCCUAUUUAAGCAAGCCUUUUCGCCAUCGCCUUUCCGCCAUGAAUUGCAAGCCUACGCGGCUGGUGUAGUGCGCUAGCUCCUGCUCCGUCCGCCUGCACCUCCAUGCAUGCCGCGCUGCGCCGGUAGUAGUGCACCACCCAGUACAACCGUAAAGCUCAUCACAGCUCUGGGUCGCGUCUCCGGCCCGCCGUGACGUACGUACGAGAUCGACGUCCGUGCGCGCGGGAUCCUCCGCCUCCGAUCCGGCUUUGCCGUUGGCAGGCGCAGGGGCUACCGCCUACAGGGCCACUGGCCUGUAGCGUAGCCUUUUUGCCGUGCACAGAUAGGUGUGGCUGGGAUCCGAUCGUGCUCGUCAGCAGUCAGCUCUCGUGCAUGGAGGAGAUGCUGCUGCAGCUGCAGUAGUGGGGGGUGGUAGUGGCCGCCAGCCUCCGAUCCGCCUGCAGGUCAAGGCGCCGCGCCGCUCACGGGGGUUGAAGGGGCGCGCAGCUGGCUGGUGGUCGCAGCAGGCAGUUGAAAAGCUCCCCCAGCAGAAGCGCCGGGUGAGGUGGGGGUUGAUUCCGAUAUCGCGAGCACCAGCAAGCUAGCCGCCGGCGAGCUCCUUCGUCUUCAUCUCGAGCGCCAGCGCCCCGAGCUGCCAGGUCCGGCGAUGGGCAAGGCGGCGCGGUGGUUCCGCAGCUUCCUGGGCAAGAAGGAGCAGGCCAGUAAAGACCAGAGGCGGCAGCAGGACCAGCCGCCGCCCCCGCCGGCCACCGCCAAGCGCUGGAGCUUCGGCAAGUCCUCCCGGGACUCGGCGGAGGCCGCCGCGGCCGCGGCCGCGGGCGCCGUGUCGGCCGGCUCGGGCAACGCGGCGAUCGCGCGCGCGGCGGAGGCCGCGUGGCUCAGGUCCGCGGCCUACGACGAGACGAACAGGGAGCGGGAGCAGAGCAAGCACGCCAUCGCCGUGGCCGCGGCCACUGCGGCGGCGGCGGACGCGGCGGUGGCCGCGGCCCAGGCGGCCGUCGCCGUCGUGCGGCUCACCAGCAAGGGCCGCGCCGCGCCCACCCUCGCCACCGCCGCCGGCGGCCGCGCCGCUGCCGCCGUCAGGAUCCAGACGGCGUUCCGAGGAUUCUUGGCGAAGAAGGCGUUGCGCGCGCUCAAGGCGCUUGUGAAGCUGCAGGCGCUGGUGCGGGGCUACCUCGUGCGCAGGCAGGCGGCCGCCACGCUCCACAGCAUGCAGGCCCUCGUCCGCGCUCAGGCCACCGUGCGCGCGCACCGCGCCGGCGUCCCAGUCGUCUUCCCGCACCUCCACCACCCGCCCGUCCGGCCGCGCUACUCGCUGCAAGAGCGGUACGCCGACGACACGCGGAGCGAGCACGGCGCGCCGGCGUACGGCAGCCGGCGGAUGUCGGCGAGCGUCGAGUCCUCGUCGUACGCGUACGACCGGAGCCCCAAGAUCGUGGAGGUGGACCCGGGGCGGCCCAAGUCGCGCUCAUCCUCGCGUCGCGCGAGCUCCCCGCUGGUCGACGCCGGCAGCAGCGGUGGCGAGGAGUGGUGCGCUAACUCCGCGUGCUCGCCGCUGCCGUGCUACCUGUCCGGCGGCCCGCCGCAGCCGCCGCGCAUCGCCGUGCCAACCUCGCGCCAGUUCCCGGACUACGACUGGUGCGCGCUGGAGAAGGCGCGGCCGGCGACGGCGCAGAACACGCCGCGGUACCUGCACGUGCACGCGCACGCGCCGGCCACCCCGACCAAGUCCGUGGCGGGCUACUCGCCGUCGCUCAACGGCUGCCGGAACUACAUGUCGAGCACGCAGGCUUCGGAGGCGAAGGUGCGGUCGCAGAGCGCGCCGAAGCAGCGGCCGGAGCUCGCCUGCGGCGGCGGCGCUCGGAAGCGGGUGCCGCUGAGCGAGGUGGUGGUGGUGGAGUCGUCCCGCGCGAGCCUGAGCGGCGUCGUCGGCAUGCAGCGCGGGUGCGGCGGCCGCGCGCACGAGGCGUUCAGCUUCAAGUCCGCCGUCGUCGGCCGCAUCGACCGCACGCUGGAGGUGGCCGGCGUCGAGAACGACCGCCUGGCGUUCCUGCAGAGGAGGUGGUGACGGCUCCUCUCCAUUGGGAAUGCCAGCGAGACGACGAGAGCCUCGGGGGAGUAAUUAGCAAUAAGAACGCGUUUUCAUGUGUUCUUGCGAGUUCUCGUCCUUUUUUCAUUCUUCUUGCUGUUGUUGUUUUGCAAUGUGAUCAAUCAUGCGACGUGUGUUCUUUCCUUUUCUUUUCUUUUUUGUGUUUAUUUGCGGCAAACAAGUGUAUGAGAAAAAAUUAGAUUCAUACUGCACUUGGCAUGUAAAUUCUUGCCCCUAUUAUUGAUGCUGUUCUUGGAUUGUGUCCUUAAUGGUUUCUCUGU